ACCUCUCUUCAACAAUUGAGUUAAUACGAAAUGUCCUGGCAAGCAUACACUGACAACUUAGUCGCCACUGGUAAGAUCGACAAAGCUGCCUUAUACUCCAGAGCUGGAGAUUCUCUUUGGGCCCAAUCGGGAUCUUUCCAACUUCAACCUGCUGAAAUCACCGAAUUGGCCAAGGGUUUCGAUGAUGCUUCUGGUUUACAAGCUCAUGGUUUACAUGCCGUUGGUCAAAAAUACUUCCUUUUGAGAGCCGAUGAUAGAUCUAUCUAUGGUAAACACGAAGCUGAAGGUUUGGUUGCUGUUCGUACCAAACAAGCCAUUUUGGUGGCACACUAUCCCUCGGGUGUUCAAGCAGGUGAAGCCACUACUGUAGUAGAAAAGUUGGCUGACUAUUUGAUUAGUGUUGGUUAUUAGAGAUGAACAAGAAAUCUCGGGUUUAUAGUUAUAAUUAAUCAAAGUUAUUUACUGGAUUUGUUCUAUAAAUACAUAGCUAAUCCGCAUGUAAUUGAACGAAAAUACCACAGUGAGAUCUGUU